AUGAAGGAUGGGAGAGAUAGAAGGAACAUACAGAGCCUUGCAGACUGCUGGGACACACUGGGGUGGCCAGACCCCUGUCAGAGUGAGUACCCUUGAGCCAGGACAGAUGCCUUCAGCCAGGAUGCAGGAGAAGCACCUGCACAUCAGAGUGAAGCUGCUGGACAACACCAUGGAGACGUUUGACGUUGAGCCUAAGUAUGACGGCCAGGUCUUACUGACACAAGUGUGGCAGCGUUUAAAUCUGAUUGAAUGUGACUACUUCGGACUGGAGUUUCAGAGCAUCCAAUCCUACUGGAUUUGGCUUGAACCUAUGAAACCCAUCAUUAGGCAAGUACGAAGGCCAAAGAAUGCAAUGCUUCGUCUGGCAGUCAAAUUUUUCCCACCUGAUCCUGGUCAGUUGCAAGAAGAGUUUACAAGGUACCUGUUUGCCUUGCAGCUCAAGAGAGACCUACUGGAGGAGCGCUUGACCUGCACCACCAACACUGCAGCCCUCCUCACAUCCCACCUUCUGCAGUCGGAAUUAGGAGAUUAUGAUGAAACCUUGGAUCGAGAACACCUCAAAGCCAAUGAGUACUUCCCCAACCAGGAAAACUUCCUGGAGAAGAUACUAGACUUCCAUCAAAGGCACCUGGGCCAGACGCCUGCUGACUCGGAUUUUCAGGUCUUGGAGAUUGCAAGAAAGUUAGAAAUGUAUGGUGUCAGGUUUCACACAGCUUCGGACAGAGAAGGAACCAAGAUUAAUCUGACAGUUUCUCACAUGGGUGUCCUUGUGUUCCAGGGUACCAUCAAAAUCAAUACUUUUAACUGGUCCAAGGUUCGUAAACUAAGCUUCAAAAGGAAAAGGUUUCUUAUCAAACUCCACCCAGAGGUCCAUGGACCCUACCAGGACACAUUAGAAUUCUUGUUGGGUAGCAGAGAUGAGUGUAAGAACUUCUGGAAGAUUUGUGUGGAGUAUCACACCUUUUUUAGACUUUUUGACCAGCCUAAGCCAAAGUCGAAAGCUGUCUUCUUCAGUCGGGGCUCCUCCUUCAGAUACAGACGGCACAGUAAGACUCGGACAUCUAUCCAUGCUUUGACUGUAGACCUGCCUAAACAGAGCAUCUCAUUCACCGAGAGCUUAAGAACUUCUUCUCUGUCUUCAGCAAAUGCCUCCUUUUACCCACUCCCUACCUCCCUUUUGACCCCUCCUGGUCUGCCUGAUUUCAAGGACAGUAGCAUCUCCCUUGUGGAUCCCCAAGCUCCCUACAUCAAGAGCACAGCGGCAGAGAGGAGCAGCAGAGCAGCAUCUGAAGGCCCCAGCACACAGUCGACCCAUCUCCCUGGACCUUCCGUGCUCCAGCCUGGUUCAGGCUUUUCUGUGGAUAGUCCUCAGCCUUCUCCCUCCAGCCAGAAGAGCCAGCUGAGCCUGAGCCCUGAGCCUCAGGUAACUGUAAGCACAGCUGAGCAGGGCUUGGACCCUGUCCUCAGUGAUGCUGGUGCAUCCAGGAUGGACAACCAAGAGGAGCAGAAACACAAGCACAUGCCAGAGGAUGAGGCCUAUUUCAUAGCAAAGGAGAUUCUUGCUACAGAACGGACAUAUCUGAAGGAUUUAGAAGUUAUUACUGUGUGGUUCCGGAGUAUGGUGGUCAAAGAAGAUGCUAUGCCUGCAUCCCUGAUGGCCCUGCUUUUCUCCAACAUUGAUCCAGUCUACGAGUUCCAUAGAGGCUUCCUGCGUGAGGUGGAACAGAGGCUGGCACUCUGGGAAGGGUCCUCCAAUGCCCAUUUGAAAGGUGAUCAUCAACGAAUUGGGGAUAUCCUACUCAGGAACAUGCAUCAGUUAAAGGAGUUUAUCAGCUACUUCCAAAGACAUGAUGAGGUCCUAACAGAACUGGAAAAAGCCACAAAACACUAUAAAAAGCUAGAGGCUGUCUACAAAGAGUUUGAACUUCAGAAGGUCUGCUAUCUGCCUCUCAACACAUUCCUGCUGAAGCCCAUUCAGAGGCUAGUACACUACCGUCUCCUGCUGAGCCGACUGUGUGGUCACUACUCAACUGGGCACCAUGACUAUGCUGACUGCCAUGAUGCCCUGAAGGCCAUCACAGAAGUGACCACUAAACUCCAGCAGAGCCUUAUCCGGCUAGAGAACCUACAAAAGCUGACAGAGCUACAGCGGGACCUGGUUGGCAUAGAAAACCUCAUUGCUCCUGGCAGGGAGUUCAUCCGUGAGGGCUGCCUUCACAAGCUCACCAAGAAGGGCCUGCAGCAAAGGAUGUUCUUUCUGUUCUCAGAUAUGCUGCUGUACACAAGCAAAGGUAUCACAAGGUCCAGCCACUUCCGGAUCCGUGGCUUCCUUCCACUCUGUGGCAUGCUGGUAGAAGAAAGUGAGAAUGAGUGGUCUGUUCCUCACUGCUUCACCAUUUAUGCAGCUCAGAAAACAAUUGUGGUGGCAGCCAGCACUCGGCUAGAAAAAGAAAAGUGGAUGCAAGACCUGAACAUCGCAAUCCAGGCAGCCAAGAAUGUUGGCAACAUGUCCCCAGUGCUGCUACGAGGCCCAGUGUGCACUCAUACCCCCAGAUCCUCUGAUGAGGUCUCUAUGGAAGAAUCAGAAGAUGAUGCUCGGGGAGCCCAAGGCUCCCUGGAGGUGCAGGGCCAGCACCGAGCCAAUACCACAAUGCACGUAUGCUGGUACCGGAACACAAGUGUGUCCAGGGCUGAUCACAGCACAGCUGUUGAGAAUCAGCUUUCAGGGUAUUUGCUGAGGAAGUUCAAGAACAGCAGUGGCUGGCAGAAGCUCUGGGUGGUCUUCACAAACUUCUGCUUGUUCUUCUACAAAACUCAUCAGGACGACUACCCCCUAGCAAGCCUCCCGCUGCUGGGUUACAGUGUGAGCCUUCCUAGGGAGGCAGAUGGCAUCCACAAAGACUACGUCCUCAAACUCCAAUUCAAAUCUCAUGUCUACUUCUUCCGAGCUGAGAGCAAGUACACAUUUGAGAGGUGGAUGGAAGUCAUCGAGAGAGCCAGCAGCUCACCUGGGAGGCCCCCAAGUCUUACUCAGGACUGCUCACAUCCCUACCCAGGGCUGGAGGCAGUGGCCAGAGAAAAGGAGGAAUGAUGAAUGCUCACCCUGCAUGGACAAGGACCUAUGACAGACGCUUAUAGGAGUGUAGACAGUCUCUCAUCCUCAGAGCUUCUGAUCUUUCCACCAAGAUAGAAGAUAGCAUAGAUCCUUAUCAUGGGCCUCCUGUGACUAGCAGGAAGGGCUCUGUCUCCAAUGCCCCCCAAAACAGUGAAGGCCUGUGACUAGCUAGGAUACUGGGACACAUGUCUGAGUGGAAAAAAGAAAUAAGGGCCUUUGGCCAUAGCAUGGGCAUGGCCCCUGCUGAGCUCUGGCCUCAAACAGGGAGGUGGCUCCCACUCCCACCUAUAGCACCAAUGGCAUUUCAUACUGCCUCAGACAAGCACUGUAUGUAGGCUUGGGACACGAGUCCCAUGUUGCUCUGGGGGCUGAACUCCAGGUCACAGCAAAGUAAGAGUGUGGCAAAGGCCUCUCUGGUUCCCAUCCCACAUACCUCUAGAGAAGUGGAAACCAAAGACCCCUGAGGCCUGGGAGGGUGGGGCUUCUUAUUAGCUCCCAGUGUUGCUUAACAACAAGCAGCAGGCCUGUGAUUCUUCUGUUCACUCAUGUGACUUAAAAUAAAUGGCAUCCUCUCACCAGCAUCCCCUUCUACCUUGCUUUGCUCUCCUCCAGUAGGCCAAAAGAAACUGUCAAGUUACACGGUGUCAUUUAGAAGGAACGCUGACUGACACAGAGGCUACAGAAAUCCCAGCUGGUCAGGAUCCAUACACCACAGUGUCUCCAAUCCAGGUCUUUAUUGAAAGUAGUGGGGCCUUCAAUGCUCUAUGAAAACUAACACCUUACUCUUAGAAUGCUUAGCAAGAAGUUUCUUUAAAAAACAAAAUAUUCUGGAUGAUUCGAGUACUCAUGAGAACACACAGUACCUGAACUGACACCACAAGGCAAAGAAUGACCAUCUUGGGCUACCAUGCGACUCCCCCCCGCCCCACCCACCCAAGAUAAUGUCCCUGGAGUAGGGGAGGAGCCAGAGCUGGCCAAUAGUUGCUCUGCUCCUUGGUCUGGCAGCUGCAGGGGCCUCGGAGUCUAAAACGCCAUGCUAGCCCCCAAAUGGCUGCCCAGUUUUCCCAAGGGCUCCUGGCUACUUGACAGCUUCAGCCAAGCAAGUAGGAGGUGGGCACUGGUGUACAGUGGCUGCUGUGUGAGGCAGCACACUAUGGUGGGGCAGAAGGAAGGUGACCUGACCAGAAGGCAGGCUUGUGAGGCCUGCAGGCUGGCCUGUCCUUGUAGUUGCAACACAGCACAAAGGGGCUUCCAAGU